GAGAGAGAGAGAGAGUGUGUGUGGAUCGCUCGCUAGGCACCAGACCGCAGUCGGUGAACGGAGAGACACGCACGCCGCCAGGAGGAGGAUGCUCGGGAUGCUGUCAGGCCGAUCCGUGGCUGUGGAGUGCGGGUAGUGCGAUCCGCUCCGCUCCGGUUCUCCGGUACCGGGAGAGGAGGAGAAGAGCCGAGGACUUUUUCCGUCACAUUGGACUUUUUUUGGUUUCACGCCUGCUCAGCGGUUGAUGAGAUUUUUAUUUGGAAGGAGACCCACAGCCAGUAUUUAUUCCAAGAUAGAUUCCCCCCGUAGUUUUGCUAUCCACGGCUGCGACUGGACUUUUCCCCCUUGUUUCCACUAUGGGACCUUAUAAAAAAAGUCGCUCUGGGACAUUUGACUUUGGACUGGAAUAAUGAAUUAGCUGUCAGACAUUUUCAUAUUCCCACUUCUAUCGCUCCAGUUUCUCCGGCGCUCUCCUUUUUUUUUUUUAGUUUGAUAGUGCCAUGUUCGCUCCGGAGAAAUACGCACCGAAAAACUUUGGAAUAUUAUAAGUCACCCGUGCAUGAAAGUUAAGUAAAAUUGUUUUUACAUUUGUCUGUUUGAGCAAAGAGAAAAAGAGAAGCAGUCAAGUGCACGAUUAAACACGAGGACAGAGACACACUUUACGUGCGUAUUUUGGACACAGUCUGUCCCGUCUCUCCCCGACGCGUACUUGGAGAAGUUGGAAAAACAAAAACAAUUGAUCCACAACAAUGAGAACUUAUCCGGUGAGUUUCAAAUUUUAAAGCGGGCAAAGCUGUUUAUUCACCAGUGUUAAACAAACAUUUUAAUAGUUUCUUGUAUAUGUUUUUUUCUUCCGUUUUUCUUUUUUGAGGACAGACGGAAAAACUGGCCGUCAUGUGGGAUUGAUUGCAAGGGAGUAUGUUUGGGCUGGAGCAGUUCAGUUCUCAGAUUAAUAGCAGAAACCCUGGCCAGUCAGAGAGACACAUUAACCCACAGAGACUGAACAUGGGAUCCCACUAUAAAAGCCCCGGUUUUCACGCUGGCGGCCCCCCGGGACCAGUGGAACCCGGCAUGGGCCCUCUGAGCGAGCCGCAGAUGCUGGGGCUCAAUAUGAACAUGAACGGAGAGCAGUACGGCGGCUUCCACCCGAGGGGCCACUCGGACAUGCAUGCAGGCGGCGGACUUCAGCAGCAGCAGCAGCAGCAGCAGCAAGGACCCAUGCAUGGAUUUUUUAACAACCAGCAACCUCAUCAAGGACAUCCUCACGGCCAUCAACCUCACCCCCACCAACAUCACCCACAUUUCAGUGGGAAUUUUGGAGGCCCAGAGCCAGGGUCAUCAUGCCUGCACGGUGGCAGGUUAAUGGGCUUCAACAACAAUGGCAUGGGACCACAGCAGGGCUUUGGAGAAGGAUUUGAUCCUCUCGCUGAGGGACAGGCAGGGGAUGGCUUUCCCCAGCAGCAGCAGCAGCAGCAGCAGCAGCAGCAGCAGCAGCAGCAGCAGCAGCAGCAGCAGCAGCAGAGGCCUGGUAAUAUGCCUGACUUCCAACAUCACGGGCCUCCCAGCGGCAGCCAUGCUGUCCCUGCUCCCUGUCUACCCCUCGAUCAGUCCCCUAACAGAGCAGCCUCCUUCCAUGGUCUCCCCUCCUCUUCGUCCUCCUCCUCUGAGUCUCAUGGCCUGGAGUCUCGGCGGAUGCCAAACCAGGGAGCUGUGGAGGGAUUAGAGUAUAACUUCCCUAGUGAGCCCCCAUCUGGACAUUUUGAUGUACCUGUAUUUUCCCCAUCAGAAUCAGAAUCUCAGUUACCCCAUUUUGGCCCAGGAAGGCCUGUUCCUGGCGGAAAUUUCCCAGGGAACCCUGGCAUGCCACGGACACCAGGUAUGCAGGCCAUCUCUAAGGGACAUCAGCCACCGCCACAACCCCAGCAGCCUCAGCAUGGAGUGUUUUUUGAGCGCUUUGGAAAUGGCCGGAAGGUGCCCGUGGGAAUGGAGCCGGGGGUCAAUACAAGACAUCCUCUCAUGCAACAGCAACAACAGGCUAGCUUGAUAGCCAGACAGAACUCAUGCCCCCCUGGCCUCCCCCGACCCCCUCAGGCUGAGCCCGGCUCCACUAACCCUAACAUUCUGGAUGGAGGGGUCAUGAUUCCUGGCCAACACAACCAGUUUGAAUAUCCCAUUCACAGACUGGAAAAUAGGGGUCUGCACCCCUAUGGGGACCCCAUGUUUAAUAUGCAACAGCCAGCUCCUCCUCCCUCCCAACAGCCCCCGAAUCAGAGGCUUCAACACUUUGACUCUCCUUAUAUGAACAUGGCGAAGAGGCCAAGAUUUGACUUUCCGAAUGCACAUGGGGGUGAAGGCUGGUGUGGUGGUAUGGAUAACCACCUCUCUCCCUCUGCAUACCCCGGCCUGCCUGGAGAGUUCACCCCACCUGUGAGUGAAGGCUUCCCGCCAGGUCCCCUGCAGCAUCCUGGGCCUGAGCAGCAGUCUCUGCAGCAGCGCCAGAACGCAGCCAUGAUGAUCAAACAGAUGGCCUCUCGCAACCAGCAGCAGAGGAUGAGGCAGCCCAGUCUGCAGCAGCUCGGCCACCACGGUGAAGUGCCUCCUGGCCCGAUGGCUCACGGAGGCCCAGUGGGGGGCAUGCCUCAGCCCAACUUCGACAGAGAGGCUGGUGGCAGGAUGCCCAACAUUGAUGGACAAAAUCCUCAUGUCCCUCAGGAGAACUCCUGGUUCCAAGGGUCCCACCCACCUGGGGAGAUGAUGUCACGGCGUAUGGGUGGAGCAGGAAAUGAAUCAGGACCGCAUGACAUGGGUCUGCAGCAGAAUGGGGCCGGGAUGAUGUUUCGGCCAGGCAUGGGCAUGCAGGAGCCCAUGAGGAUACCAGGAGAUGGGCAUGUACAGGCUCUCCAUUCCCCAGGCAUGCACCCACAGUUCAGCGGUAACAUGGGGAACCUUUCACAAAUGCAGUCUCCUGGAGCAGGAGCAGGGCAUCCGAAUGCACCGUCAGAGAGGCGGCCUGCUGACUUCCCUGCACCUCCAAUGGGAGCACAGCCAACGUUUCCCUAUGGGGGGGCCAACCGUCAGGGGUCAGCCCACAGCGCUCCCCAGGGGGUGAGCACCUCACCAGGGAGCUACCCUCCUCAGUCUGAGUUCCCCCCAGGCCAGCGGUCGUCUGUUAGUAAGCUUGGGGCCCUGUCCCUUGGGAACUUCAGCAAAACCAGUGCUAAAGACAGUGUUUUCGGGCAGAGCUGCCUGGCGGCCCUUUCCACGGCCUGCCAGAACAUGAUCGCCAGCCUAGGGGCCCCCAAUCUUAACGUAACAUUCAACAAGAAGAACCAAAAUGAGGGCAAACGAAAACUGAGUCAGACAGAGCAGGACAUUAAUAGCAGCACAUCUAAUGGGACUGGCAGUGCUGGUCCUGAAUAUUUUCAGAGCAGCACUUCCCAGAACAGCCAGAUGCCUGGCACCGGGAAUAGCAACUCUAAGCCUGCAAGUCAAAGCCAGCCGGUGCAGGGGGAAGCCAGCGCCCUCUCCCCAACUUACAACAUGGACGCUACCCCGUGCAGUGAGGGGAAGGCAACAACAGGGAAUGGGAGAGGGAGAGGGAGGAGAAAAAGAGACAGUGGACAUGUGAGCCCUGGAAUUUUUUUUUCCUCUGACAAUGGUAACCCUGUUGUAAGUCCAGGCCAGCAGACCCCCUCAGCUGGCGUUGGGGAGAGGGGUGGGGGCACGCCCCAUGAAAAACACCUCCAGUCACCCUCAUGGGGGAAAGGAGGAGACCUAAUGUUGGGGGACCAGGCCGACCUGAUGUCUUCUUUGGACAGCGGCAUUCAAAGUGUGGCCAAGUCUGACAGUAGCUCACCACGAGUGGACUUUCCUGACGAUGUCAGCACCCACUAUGGCAACGAGGACGAGGUGUCCUCCAGCUCAGAUGCCGGAGGGGCCCCGGUCACCAAGCCCAAUCGCAGCCCUGUGAUGACCGGCUCACCCAAAAUGCAGAGGAGUGACCACGGGUUGAUAAAUGGACAGAAGGCCCUGAGCAUGGGCAUUAACAAUCAUACUACCUCGACUCCAGACAGCUAUGGACUGAAUGCUGGUGGGGGCACAGGGGCCGGUGGGCCGAGCCACCCGGGCACUCCUGGGGUGGAGCAGGUACGCACCCCAUCCAGCACCUCUGGCCAAGAAGAAAUCCAUCCCCUGGAGAUUCUGCAGGCCCAGAUCCAGCUCCAGCGACAGCAAUUCAGUAUCUCUGAGGACCAGCCUGUAGCCGUUAAAAAUGGCAAAAAGAAUGGUGACUGUCCCUCGCAGAAUGGAGACAAUGAGCUGGUGAGCUGCAGCCCGGACGCUGGGAAGGGCUCAAUAGGCACUAUUGACCUUGACACCCUCAUGGCAGAGCAGCACGCCACCUGGUACGUGCCCAGCGACAAGGCCAUGAUGGACGGGUCAGAGGAUGACAAGGCCAUGGGACCCUGGGAAAAAAACAAGAGCCAAAACAACAGUAAAGAAGAAUCGGAGCUGUCCCAGAGUAAGACUGGAGCCCCGGGCGCCGGCGGAGGCGGAGGCGGCGGCGGCGGCGGGAACCACAUGCAGUGCCUGUCCGUCCACUGCACAGACGAGCUGGGGGACAGUAAGGGCCGGGGGGGUCCCGUCUCGUCCUGGCGCUCGCUCCACUCUGAUAUCUCCAAUCGAUUCGGGACAUUUGUGGCGGCCCUGACUUGAACAGGAAGCAGAAGGACCGAGCAGGAAGCAGUACAGAAGAUGACAACAUAAAAAGAAUGACAGAUUAAAAGACAAUGAGGAAGAGGAUGAUGAUGAUGAUUAUGCUUAUGAUGAUGAGGAUGAUGCCUGUUCAGGGAGAGAAAGACAUUUACACUCAUCGAUGCAAACAUGAACAUACAAACACACACGUACAUACACACGACACACACAAGAACACACACACACACACACACAUGCAAAAAUACCAUGUUUUUUCUGACACAUGCAGUCACACUUUAGGAAGCUCGCUCACAUACUGCUGGACAAUUCAGCUUGGGCUCCACUCAACAAGGCCCAAUCCUGGAAAAAACCUCAAAUCGAUAUUUUUUUUUUUGUUUGUUUUUUCUUUGUCGAAGAAAAAUAAAGAAAUGUCAAAAGGGGAAGAAGAAGAAAAACCAGAAGAAAAGAUUUUGUCCAGUUGUCGCUGGCUGUGAUUGUAUACCAGUGUUGAGUCUUGUGACGCCACCGUGACCUCAUGACUUUUACUUUCCAUGGUCGCAGCUCUGAUGUAUAAAUCCUCCCUGUCAAUGUAAGUCUCUACAC